CUUUUUAAAAAUCCAGAUAAGCUGACCUGUACUUUCCGCAGGUAAAAAGACACCUCACCAAACCAAAAUCUCCACCGUUGAUCUCAGUCACAAACUCAUCUUCACCGUUGAUUCACCGUUUUACCAGUCGAACUUGCCAAAAAUAACAUAAGUCGUCACUGUCACGAGAAGGGGCUCCAUGGAAGAAACAAAAGCCUUUUCUCUCCAUGGAUUCCUCAUAUCAGAUUCAAAAUUUGAAAUACAAAAAUCAGAAUCUUAUAGAGUUUCAAAUUAAAAAAAAAAACGAAGACCAAUUCUCUCUUCUUCUCCUUCGUUUCCACGAUUCGUAACACUUAUUUUCUUUAUAUAUUUGCUUUUUCUCCUUUUGCAUUUCCCAGAAAGGCAAAGAAAGAGAUAAAUUGUUGAAUUCAUAGAGAGGAGAUUGAUAUUGCUAGCUUCUUCUGCUUUCUACUUCCUUUUCUUGGUGGUUGAAGGAUUCAGCGAACUCUUACUAUGUUCGUUGUGUGAAUUAAAUAUUAUUUAAUGGAUACGCUCACAUGUUGUGCCUGUGGAUGCGAAGAUUGCUCUUCUCAUAAACACGACGAAUUCUCCAACAACAAACCACGUGACGCACGUGACCUCUCCCUCUCCUCCUCUUCCAACGCCAAAGUCCAAAUCGAGAACGAAUGCCACCCCCUCCGCGAAACCGUCGCCUCGCAACAAGAAUCGAUCCAAGACCUAUACUCCGAGCUCGACGAGGAGCGCAACGCCGCCUCCACCGCCGCGAACGAGGCGAUGUCCAUGAUCCUGAGGCUCCAGAGGGAGAAGGCCGAGGUCGAGAUGGAGCUGCGGCAGUUCAAGCGCUUCUCCGAGGAGAAGAUGGAGCACGAUCGGCAAGAGCUCUUGGCUCUUGAGGAUCUGGUGUAUAAGAGAGAGCAGACGAUCCAGGCCUUGACGUUUGAGGCUCAGGCUUUUAGGCAUAGGAUGAUGAGUUAUGGUGUUAGCGAAGAAGCUGACGUUGAUGACGUGGCGAAGAACGUGUAUGAUUAUGAUUAUGAUUAUGAUUAUCCUCCUCUUAAGUGUAGUUUGAAUGAGAAUCCCGAGGUUGAGGUUGAUGUUGAAAAGUACACGUUGACUGAUUCGUCGCCACGUGGAGGGGAUAAUUUGAGUAGUUUGCCACGUCAGAGUCCUAAGCGUCAUAGACAUUUCAGGAAGGUUUCUACUGGUAGUUCGAGUUCACUAUUGGGAACUACUAAUAGAGACCAAAGGCCUGAUUUUUCUGUUGAUUCCCCACGCUUCAACGGCGAGAUGCAUGAUAGAAUCUAUACCAUUGAUUCUGUUCAUCAGGGUGAUGCUGAGGAGAAGUGUAAGGUUGAUGGCGAAAUGAAUCAGCCUGAUCAUCUUGGUGAUCCUGAUAUAGUGAAACUCUACGCGAGGAUGCAAGCGUUGGAGGCUGAUAGGGAGUCGAUGAGGGAGGCGAUUGUGUCGAUGAGGACCGAGAAAGCUCAGAUGGUUCUGUUGAAAGAGAUUGCGCAGCAUUUGUCGAAGGAGGUUGUUCCGGAACGGAGGUUGCCGAUAAGGAAAGCGUCUAUCGUUGGAGUGUUCAGUUUCUUAUCUGUCUUUAAGUGGAUCACGUCAUUUGUUUUCUGGAGAAAGAAGGCUCGUCGAAGCAAGUACAUGAACGGGGUGCAAGCGAACAAUAUGGGCUUGGAGAUGCUUCUAGAAAAGACUCCUCGGAUACGACAAUGGAGAUGUCUUUCAAGCACGCAAGUGUGACAUAGAUCAUGUUCUCCAACUAGGUGAAUUUGAAGCGCUUAAUGUGUAUACUGGGAGACUGCAGUCUUCUUCAUGUGCAGUUUUUUUUAUUCUUUAUUUUUUUAUGUUCAUUUGUUGUUGGGGGUUUGAAUGCGUAAUGUCUUGAAUGGGGUUUGAUUGUUUGUGUAAUGAGAUUGGUGAGGAUACUGUAAGCUGUGUAUAAUAUUUUCCACAUUCUUGUUUGGGUU